UGGACUUUUAUUAGUGACAGAAUGAGGGUAAUUACUCCUCCCUUUCUUGGUUUUUAUUAUUUGUAGUAUUGUUUAUAUUUUUUUCAGUUUUCUGGUUCACUUCCCUAGUUAUUGAAACUUGGAAUUGUGUUAUGCAGGGAGUAGAAUCUGCUUUGUAUGAUGUUUUCCCCAAAGCAGUCAGGAGGGUCUGUGCUCAGCAUCUGUAUACCAACUGCAGACAAGCUGGAUACAGUGGCACAGCCUUCCAUGACUUGUUCUGGGUUGUUGCUGAUGCAUACAAUCCAUAUGUCUUCAACAAAGCCAUGGAAAAGAUUGGCAAACUCAUCCCAGAAGCAGUGGGAUAUCUUGACAAAGUGCCUGAACAGUGGUCCAGACACAAGUUUGAUGUUGGGGUCACUUGUGAUCACAACACCACCAACUUUGUGGAAUCCUUCAACGCGUGUACCAAACCCUUUAGGGAUCUUCCUGUUUUGUCACUUCUUGAAGAAAUAAGGUCUUGGUGCAUGACGAAGAUCGGGGCCAGAUUUGAUAAAGCUGUUGACAUUGGACCCGAUCAAUUGACGCCAUAUGCUACUAAGGAGCUUGAAGAGAGGAGUGCUGACUCGAGGUUCUGUUAUGCAACUAAUGCUGGGGGGGUGAAUUUGAGGUUUUAG